AUGGAGGAUGCUGAGGAUAAAGUGUUGACCAUCGAAGAAGAGGUGCUGCAGAGAUGGAAAGACCACUUGGGAGGGCUGAUGAAAGUUGAAAACCCCAGGGAAAUGAGAGGAGAAAAUGGGGUGAGAGAAUGUCAGGUGAGUGGAGAAAGAGCCAUUUGCAAGAACAAAGGAGAUGCACAGAAUUGUGCUAACUGCCGGGGCAUCAAACUAAUGAGUCAUAUAAGAAAGUUUGAAAGGGUGAUACACAAAAAGUCUAAGGAGUUGCUGCAGAAGUUUACCACAGAUGCCAUCUUUGUACUGCGAAUGUUGAUGGAAAAGUAUAGGGAAAGACAAAGGCAACCGGGUUGUAUGUUUUUAGAACUGAAGAAGAGAUAUGACAAGAGUACCAAGAGAGGAUCUGUGGCACUGCAUGCAGGAGUCAUCUAUACCGGAAGUGUUUACGACAUUGUGUUAUGUAACGAAGGUAGAGGAGAAGUAGAAUAUCUGGAAAGGUGGAGACAUGCAUUGGAGAAGCGUGGCAUGAAAGUCAGCAAAAGGAAGUCAAAUGAGAAGGAAGGAGAUGGUAGAGUUAAGACGCAAGGGAAAGAGAUCAAUAAAGUGGAUGAAUUUAAGUAUUUGGGGUUCAACAGUAGACUGUGA